GAGGCCCCGCCCCCUCGGCUAUAGCCGCGCCGGCUUCGGUGUCGCCGCCAUCUUUGUUGAUGUGUCAGCUCCGCGGGGGUUCGAAGAGCGAACCUCAGCGCUGAGCGAGGGGCCGGCCGUGGUCUCCACGCGUGACUCUCUCGCCCAUUCGUGGUCGGCCGGACCGCGCCAUGGAGAAAUCAACCCCACAACCGGAGCUCUAGCGGCCUCGGUAGGAUGCGGCCUGGGGCUCGGAGAAGGACGAUGUAAACGAAGAUCAGGAGCAGAUUUGAAGAAAUGCAGAGUGACUUGGUGCCAGUCAGCAUGUCAGAGACAGAGCACAUAGCCUCCAUUUCUUCUGAUGCAGAUAGUGGAAAAACCUCUGAAUUGAAGGAAGACUUAAGCAACUCAUUUUCAGGUCAUGAAAACAGCACAAUAGAAACUGAGUCUGAGCUACGACCUUCGAACUUAGACAACAUUUUAUGUCAGCCUGAUGAACACAGUGGUCAGAUUGAAGUUCAGGAAAAUCAUAUUCUAGAUGGUAGUGGAGGUGAGAAUCCUUGUGCUAAAACAGAUACAGGUCCAGAAAAUUCUGAACAAAUAGAUGACUUUCCAAGUGGAGAUUUUGCAAAGCAAGUACCAAAACCAAAUGAAACAGAACCGACAGUAACAGAGAUAUUGGCAGAAUUAAGAUCAUCUACAGUUAGAGAAGCUGCAAAUCCAAAGACUUAUUCAGCAAGCCCCUAUGAUACAGACUGCACCAAGAGACUUAUUUCAAAAAUAAGGAAUGUUUCAGCAUCGGAGGAUUUGUUGGGAGAAAUAGAGUCUGAGCUUUUAUCUACAGAGUUUUCAGAAGAAUACCAAGUACCAAAUGGAAUGAAUAAAGGAGAACAUGCAUUAGUUCUGUUUGAAAAGUGUGUGCAAGAUAAGUAUUUGCAGCAGGAACAUACUAUUAAAAGGUUAAUUAAAGAAAAUAAGAAGCAUCAGGAACUCAUCUUAGAUAUUUGUUCAGAAAAAGACAAUUUAAGAGAAGAGCUAAAAAAAAGAACAGAAACAGAGAAGCAGCAUAUGAACACAAUUAAACAGUUAGAAUUAAGAAUAGAGGAACUUAAUAAAGAAGUUAAAGCUUCUAGAGAUAAACUAGUAGCUCAAGACAUUACAGCUAAAAAUGCAAUUCAACAGUUACACAAAGAGAUGGCCCAGCGGAUGGAACAGGCCACGAAGAAAUGUGAAGAGGCACGCCAGGAAAAGGAAGCAAUGGUAAUGAAGUAUGUAAGAGGUGAGAAGGAGUCCUUAGAUCUUCGAAAGGAAAAAGAAAUACUUGAGAGAAAACUUAGAGAUGCAAAUAAAGAAUUUGAGAAAAACACUAACAAAAUUAAGCAGCUUUCUCAGGAGAAAGGACGAUUGCAGCAACUAUAUGAAACAAAGGAAGGUGAAACGACCAGACUUAUCAGAGAAAUAGACAAAUUAAAGGAAGAGAUCAACUCUCACAUCAUUAAAGUGAAGUGGGCACAAAACAAGUUAAAAGCUGAAGUGGAUUCACACAAGGAAACCAAAGAUAAACUCAAAGAAACAACUACAAAGUUAACACAAGCAAAGGAAGAAGCAGAUCAGAUCCGACAAAACUGUCAGGAUAUGAUAAAAACAUACCAGGAAUCAGAAGAAAUUAAGUCAAAUGAACUUGAUGCAAAGCUUAGAGUCACAAAAGGAGAACUUGAAAAGCAAAUGCAGGAGAAAUCUGAUCAGCUAGAGAUGCAUCAUGCCAAAAUAAAGGAACUAGAAGAUCUGAAGAGGACAUUUAAGGAGGGCAUGGAUGAGCUUCGAACAUUGAGAACAAAGGCAAAAUGUCUAGAAGAUGAACGAUUAAGAACAGAAGAUGAACUAUCAAAAUAUAAGGAAAUUAUUAAUCGCCAAAAAGCUGAAAUUCAGAAUUUAUUGGACAAAGUGAAGACUGCAGAUCAGAUGCAGGAGCAGCUUCAAAGAAGUAAACAAGAAAUUGAACAUUUGAAGGAAGAAGUAGAGAAUCUCAAUUCCUUGAUUAAUGACCUACAAAAGGACAUCGAAGGUAGUAGGAAAAGAGAGUCUGAGCUCCUGCUGUUCACAGAAAAGCUCACCAGUAAGAAUGCACAACUGCAGUCUGAAUCCAAUUCUUUGCAGUCACAAGUUGAUAAACUUUCCUGCAGUGAAAGUCAGUUGCAAAGCCAGUGUGAACAAAUGAAACAGAUGAAUGUAAAUUUGGAAAGUAGAUUGCUGAAAGAGGAAGAACUGCAAAAAGAGGAAGUCCAGAGUCUGCACGCUGAACUUGCUUGUGCACAGACAGAAGUUAAAGCCUUGAGUACCCAAGUAGAAGAACUGAAAGAUGAAUUAGUAACUCAGAGACGUAAACAUGCCUCUAAUGUCAAGGAUCUUAGCAAACAACUGCAGCAAGCUCGAAGAAAAUUAGAUCAAGCUGAGAAUGGAAACUAUGAUAAAGAAGUUAGCAGCAUGGGAAGUCGUUCUAGUUCAUCAGGAUCACUUAAUGCUCGAAGCAGUGCUGAAGAUCGAUCUCCAGAAAAUACUGGGUCAUCAGUAGUUGUGGAUAGCUUUCCAGAAGUGGACAAGGCCAUGCUGAUUGAGAGGAUUGUAAGGUUGCAGAAAGCACAUGCACGGAAAAAUGAAAAGAUAGAGUUUAUGGAGGACCACAUCAAACAGUUGGUAGAAGAAAUAAGAAAAAAAACCAAAAUAAUUCAGAGUUACAUUUUACGAGAAGAAUCAGGCACACUUUCUUCAGAAGCAUCUGACUUUAACAAAGUGCAUUUGAGUAGACGCGGUGGCAUCAUGGCGUCCUUGUACACAUCCCACCCUGCUGAUAGUGGCCUAACACUGGAACUCUCUCUGGAGAUCAACCGAAAGUUACAGGCUGUUUUGGAAGAUACAUUACUAAAAAAUAUUACUUUGAAGGAAAAUCUACAAACACUUGGAACAGAAAUAGAACGUCUUAUUAAACACCAGCAUGAACUGGAUCAGAGGAUGAAGAAAACGUAAUACAAAGCUCUUGCUCAGUAAACAGAUAAAAGCCACAGAACAGCAGGUGCCACUGACCAGUGUUGCUGGAAACACUCCCUGCUUUGUGUGUCAACCAAUCAAAAUUUUGCUUUACUUCACUUGUAUAAAGUGCCCUUUUAUGAAUGGAUGCAUUGCUAUAUAUGUAGUAAAAGUGUAAGCUUUGAUGAAA